AUGGUACGAGCAAAGGUCCAUCAUCUUAGAACUCUUUACCGCGAAUUUAUAGUCUAUCUCACUAUUCCCGACAUCAUGGUACAUGACGAUGGUGGCUUAGUAAGUGUUAAUCAGUCAUAUUGGCAAUACGUUGGCGAGGAAACUGACCGUGAGGUGUUUUUCCGGUGGAAUGGGUUCAUUUGGUACAAUGCAUGCGUCGAGGUAUUCGAUGAACGUGCGGCAGUAGAAAUUGAUAUGGAGGGAGGUCCUGGUACAUCCAUUCUCGAUCCCAUUUAUCUUGAUCAUAUCGAGUCACUUGAUGAUAGCAACAAUGACAGUAUGGACGACCUUCCGGUGGAGAAAGAGCAAGAACCAAUCGAAGAACCACCCGCACCAAUUGAUGUGUACGAUGUGGUCCAUGACUUUCUCGAUGAGGGAAUGGAGGUGGAUACCGAUGUCGAGUCAUGUAUCAACUCAAACUAG